AUGCGCCAUCCCUUGGCCUUUCAAGCCGGGACCGUGCGCAGUUGCUCACCUCAGCGGUGUCCUCAGAGUGCAGACCCGGCGCGAGAAGGCACCACUGGAGAUGGACUGGCGACAGGCAACUCCCAGGCGAGUGGCUCGACCGGCGUAGAAGGGGCACUGACCGACUCCCUGACCACCAGCCAAGCCCCCAACUCCAACUCAUCUCCACUGGCCUCGUCCUCUACGAACGCCACCUGUGGCCAGACGUUCGAACUGGUCUCUGGAGGGGGCAAAGCAGGCUUCAGAGCACGGCGGACACAGGGUCUGGCUGUCGUGUCUCUCCUUCCUUUGCUGGGCUGCCACCUCCAUCCGACAGCGGGCAGCAUCCAUAGCCACCUGCAAGCGAUUCCGAUGCUCUGUCACCCAGUCCACCACUCCCCCAGCCUCAGGAAGUUUUCCAAGAAGAAAAUCCACAGGGAGGUGGGGCUCCUGGCCGAACAUCAACAGGUGGGGCGAUUCGCCAGUAGACUGAUGGGGGGUUGCGUUGUAGUUGAACACCAGCUGUGGGAGGCACCUUCGCCACUGUAUGUGCCUUCUGAUCACGAGUUGGCACCGCCUGGGUGA